CGCGUGCAGGCACUAUAGGCGCAUACAUCUCGUUUUGACCACGAUCAUGGCUGAAGACAACGUACUCCCGAUACCAAACCUCAAACUGCCGCAGGCGCAGUUUGUACUUUUUAGUCCCAAGCUGCAGACACUCCAUGGCAAGGCUUUAGAGGACUUGAUGGCGGGGAUCCAAGCGGAUGAGAUGUCGCCGUACUAUAAGGUAUUGCUUGAGUCAACACCAUCACUAAAGCGGGACGACGCCCUGUUGAAGAAGAUGGAGGAGGCCAACACAGCAGCGAUGGCCAAGCUCGACGAAGCGCUCGCGAAUGCGGAAAAGACCGAGGGAGAGACUGAGAUCAGCGAUGCGCUUCGUGCAAAGGCAACAUAUCUUACAAGGAUAGGGGACAAGGAAGGCGCACUCGAGGCCCAGAAGCUGGCGCUAGAGAAGACACCUGGCCUCGGUUCGCGCAUCGACAUUGUCCUCACCAUGAUUCGAAUCGGCUUCUUCUUCCAAGACAACAGAGUCAUUUCGGAAUGGAUGACCAAAGCGAGCGAGCUUGUCGAGCAGGGAGGUGACUGGGACCGGAGGAACCGUCUGAAGGUCUAUCAAGGACGGCAUAUGCUGAGUGUGCGGAGAUUCAAGGAGGCGAGCGACCUGUUACUGGACGCCCUCUCAACAUUCACCGCCACAGAAGUCUUCGAGUAUAACGAGUUCGUAACGCUUACCGUGCUCAGUGGGACAUUGACUUUACAGCGGGUGGACUUGAAGAAGCGGAUUAUAUCUAGCCCCGAGGUGAACUCGGUAUUACCCGAGCUUCCUCACCUGGGUGAUUACUUCACCUCCCUCUAUAACUGUGAUUACGCGCGAUUUUUCCGAGCCCUUGCCGAUGUCGAGCAGACAUAUCUCAUUCCGUCCCGCAUCCUUCACCCACACACCCAAUAUUACGUGCGAGAAAUGCGCGUGCUGGCAUAUUCCCAGCUUCUACAGUCCUAUCGCUCCGUCUCCAUCGCUUCCCUCAGUGCCGCAUUUGGUGUAACUCCUGCUUUCAUUGAUGCUGAUCUGUCACGAUUUAUAACAUCUGGCCGACUGAAUUGCACGAUCGACAAGGUGUCAGGCAUCGUAGAGACGCAUCGGCCAGACCGGAAGAACGCGCUGUAUGAGCAAGUGGUGAAACAGGGUGAUGUGGUGCUAAAUGAGAUACAAAAAUUGAGCAAGGUGUUGUACUAGUUGUUGUGUGCUGGGAGCAACGUGCAAUAAUCUGAUGCAUUCCACUGUGCCAUCCGACAAUAUCCGCGGCCGAAGUGAAACAGCUUCGGAACUAUCUGAGGCGAGCGAUCGAAAGUAGAUGGGGAAAGAGUCGAAGAUAACACACAUUCGGACAGCCAGACCACCCGGCCCGCUAAGGUAAGACAAUGAAGGGGGUAGAUUGUGUGUUGCACAUGAAAUAAAGAGUUGGCUCGCGAUGAUGAUGAGUGCCCAGCAG